AUGUCAAAUCAUGUCAACACCGCUGACGUACUGAACAAGGUCAUCGACUAUCUGGCCAAGAAAGGGUAUAGCCGCACAGAGGCCAUGCUGCGCAUGGAAUCUGCAAAUCAAGAAAUUGAUGGACGUCCUUUGCCUCCUCUGGGAGAGGACGCACGGCCAAAAUAUAGAAUGGGUUUCGAUCUACUCAAAGUAUGGGUUGAAGACAACUUGGACCUAUACAAGCCCGAGCUGAGACGGAUUCUCUGGCCGCUUUUCGUCUACUCUUUUCUUAACAUGGUGACUUCGUUCUACCCGCAGGAUGCGAAACAGUUCUUUGAAAUCAACAAGAACCUCUUUCUUCCAGAGCACACGGAGGACGUGCGCGCCUUGGAGCCUAUCAGCCUGCCGGAGCAUGUCCAGGACAACUCCGUCGCGAAGCUGUACCGCACGAACAAAUAUCGCCUGGUGCUCAGCAACCCGGCUUUCUCGAACCUCAUGCAGUUCCUCGAAAACAAGCAGAAGGAAGGCGGCUCCGUCAUGUCCGCUAUCUUGAGCAGUUUCUGCACGGUCAUCACUAAAGAGCGUGCCGCCGACGGCCGAUUCAGUUUCGCUGCCAUGCUCGGUCAAGCCUCAGGAGGCCAGACCUUCCCGGCUGAAGACGAGGGUAUUCCAGGUCAUCAUCCUGGAUCUGCGUAUACCGGAGACAACCCAGCUAUGGCGGGAACUUUGCCCAGAUUGAGGCUCGGAAAGUUGCCGAUGGAAGACACGCUAGAGUCUGACGUUCGAGGCGAGUUGGCCGACGAAGAUGCGAAGAAUACUCCAACUGCGGGCCAAAACACCCUGGUCCAAGAGUUCGAUCAGAUGAUCAAAAAGGAAGAAGACGACGAAGCCCCCACACGUACAGAUAUUCCGUACCCCCCGUCAACGGCACGUGAUGUGGCGAUUGAAGUGCAAAAGGUGAAGGAAAACCGUGACCGAUUCAGAAUCGAAGGCCGGACGGGCGGCGUCGGUCCUGCCGUCAGCGUCUGCAUGUUCACCUUCCAUAAUACUUACGACGGAAUCAACUGCUUGGACUUCUCCGAUGACAAUAUGCUCGUUGCAGCUGGUAUGCAAGAGUCGUACAUCCGGGUUUGGAGUCUGGAUGGAAAACGUAUCCCAAACACCUACGACAAUGUGGAUGACUCGGGCCCGUCCAAUUCUCGUCGUUUGAUCGGCCACUCCGGGCCUAUCUACGCGGUGGCUUUUGCUCCGUCCAUCACACGCACUGAGAAUGCGGUGGCCCCCACGAACGCCCGCUGGCUUCUCUCAUCCUCCGCCGACAAGACCAUCCGACUGUGGUCUCUGGAUCUGUGGCAAUGUAUGGUUGUCUACAAGGGCCACGAUCAGCCUGUUUGGGACUUGCAGUGGGGACCGUAUGGACAUUACUUCGCUUCUGGCGGACACGACAAGACCGCUCGCCUUUGGGUGACCGACCACAUUCGCCAACAGCGGAUCUUUGUCGGCCACGAUCAGGACGUCGAUUGCGUGUGUUUCCACCCCAAUUCCGCCUAUAUCUUUACCGCCAGCUCGGAUCAUACGGUGCGCAUGUGGGCGGUGACCACGGGCAACGCCGUGCGGAUGUUCACUGGACACACGGGCAACAUCACCGCUCUCGCCUGCAGUCGCGACGGGAAGCUUCUGGCAUCGGCCGAUGACCACGGCUCGAUCUUGCUGUGGGACCUUGCGAAAGGACGACUGACCAAGCGCAUGCGCGGCCACGGCAAGGGCGGAAUCUGGUCGAUUAGCUGGAGCGUGGAAUCGACGGUGCUCGUCUCCGGCGGCGCUGACGGCACGGUCCGAGUGUGGGACGUAACCAGACCCUCUCAGGACUCCUCGCAAGGCCGAGUGGUUGGUGAUGGCGCAGCCGGUACGAAGGUGGACGCAGGAACCUCCGCGGGGUCCGGCACGCAGGCGUCUAGCUCCGUUGCCCCGGGCAUCGGCAAGAAGAAGGGCAAAGACGUCGUGGUUUCGCCCGAUCAAAUCAGCGCUUUCCCUACGAAGAAGAGUCCCGUCUACAAGGUGAAGUUCACCAAUAUGAACCUGAUCAUCGCUGGUGGCGCUUAUCUUCCCUGA